AUGUCCGAGGUGCUGCCAUUCAGUGAUGCUGAACAGCGGGGGCAUUACGCGGACGGAGGGGGUGACAUUGCAGGGCAGAUACCCCUCACCUGUCGCCUCCAGGACACUGGAAACUUCUAUGGCAGCUCGGGACAAGGUGGUGGCAAGCGACCCCCCAAAUUGGGGCAGAUUGGUCGCAGCAAAAGAGGUAAGAGUCCCAACUACUCACACUCACUGACUUACCCUCAACUGUAAUAUAUCUCAUUAGAAAGCAGCCAGACUUGCACGUUACCUCUGAGUGGCAUUCACAAUUGUUUACAUUUACUGCAGUGAGUAACACUCACUGAGUGAUCUAUACCUCCCAACCGUCUAUAUUUUGUUUAAAUGUCACUCACAUAAUCUGCAGUGAGUGGCAUGUAGGUCUGUUUAUAAAAGCAUACCUCCCAAUAGUGUCCCUAUUUAGGAAUGUCAGUCCUUAUUUCGGGCCCUCUGUCCCUCUUUUCUGUCCUAAUGUCCCUCUUUUCCAGGAGCUCCGUGUUGUUGCUGUCUGAGUGUAUAACAGAGCUCCACAUAAAUAUUACUCCCAGUAAUGUGUCUGCGUGUAUAACAGACCUUCACAGCAAUAAUACUCCCAGUAAUGUGUCUGAGUGUAUAACAGAGCUCCACAGAAAUAUUACUCCCAGUAAUGUGUCUGCGUGUAUAACAGACCUUCACAGCAAUAAUACUCCCAGUAAUGUGUCUGAGUGUAUAACAGACCUUCACAGCAAUAAUACUCCCAGUAACCUGUCUGAGUGUAUAACAGAGCUCCACAGCAAUAACACUCCCAGUAAUGUGUCUGAGUGCAUGUCUGAGUGUAUAACAGAGCUCCACAGUAAUAAUACUCCCAGUAAUGUGUCUGAGUGUAUAACAGAGCUCCACAGCAAUAAUACUCCCAGUAAUGUGUCUGAGUGUAUAACAGAGCUCCACAGCAAUAAUACUCCCAGUAAUGUGUCUGAGUGUAUAACAGAGCUCCACAGCAAUAAUACUCCCAGUAAUGUGUCUGAGUGUAUAACAGAGCUCCACAGCAAUAAUACUCCCAGUAAUGUGUCUGAGUGUAUAACAGAGCUCCACAGCAAUAAUACUCCCAGUAAUGUGUCUGAGUGUAUAACAGAGCUCCACAGCAAUAAUACUCCCAGUAAUGUGUCUGAGUGUAUAACAGAGCUCCACAGCAAUAAUACUCCCAGUAAUGUGUCUGAGUGUAUAACAGAGCUCCACAGCAAUAAUACUCCCAGUAAUGUGUCUGAGUGUAUAACAGAGCUCCACAGCAAUAAUACUCCCAGUAAUGUGUCUCAGUGUAUAACAGAGCUCCACAGCAAUAAUACUCCCAGUAAUGUGUCUGAGUGUAUAACAGAGCUCCACAGCAAUAAUACUCCCAGUAAUGUGUCUGAGUGUAUAACAGAGCUCCACAGCAAUAAUACUCCCAGUAAUGUGUCUGAGUGUAUAACAGAGCUCCACAGCAAUAAUACUCCCAGUAAUGUGUCUGAGUGUAUAACAGAGCUCCACAGCAAUAAUACUCCCAGUAAUGUGUCUGAGUGUAUAACAGAGCUCCACAGCAAUAAUACUCCCAGUAAUGUGUCUGAGUGUAUAACAGAGCUCCACAGCAAUAAUACUCCCAGUAAUGUGUCUGAGUGUAUAACAGAGCUCCACAGCAAUAAUACUCCCAGUAAUGUGUCUGAGUGUAUAACAGAGCUCCACAGCAAUAAUACUCCCAGUAAUGUGUCUCAGUGUAUAACAGAGCUCCGCAGCAAUAAUACUCCCAGUAAUGUGUUUUUAAACUACAAUAAACAUGUGUAGAAAUCAGUCUGUGUAAAUAAGAUACAUUGAUUUUGUUAUAAAUUACAUUUUAGCUGUAUAAAUUGUUAUUAGUAAAGAACCUAAAUUUUAUCAAAACAGCACAGUCCCUGGUUACACCUCCACUCACACUCACAACAUCCCCAUCCCUGGCUGCACCUUCACUCAGAAUGUCCUGUUUUUUGUGUGAAGAAAGAUAUAUUGUUGCUGAUUGGGCCUCUUUAUGAGUCAGUAACACUUUGUUUUUAUAUGUAGAAGGUGGCAUCUUGACUGGGCAUUGCUCAGGAUGGUCAUUUGCUUUGGGCAUGAAUGGGCUAAUUAUACCCCAACCUUUUCCAAACAGGAGAUAGACCGGCCAUACCAUGCUUCGUCCACCGGCUAGUGUACGUGCUAGCGGCCAUAGGAGGACAUAAAAAGGUUGUCAAUGUUGGGGCAUUAAAAUGGCCACAGCUGCAUUAUGGUGAUUUUUAUAGUGCCAGUACAGGGUUAGGUUCACAGCCACAAGGAAGUGGGGGACAGCAGUGUACCCCAUGUAAUAAGUUACGGGAUAAUGAGAAUUAGGAUGAGGGAGCUUUGGUCAAGGCAGGAUUUGGGGUUAGGGGAUACAUGCUUUAAGAUUCUGUGAAGUGUAACUCCUACUGCUCUCAGCCAUGACUCACCUUCAGCAAUAUUAGUCGAAACUUUGCUUAUCAGAUCAUCACAACACGCUGUUUAGUAAAUAAAGGCCUCUGUCCUCCACUGCUGAUGUUAAAGUGUAAUUCAAAAUAUACUAUAGUAUUCUAGCCUGAAAUUGAGGGGAAAAUGUGGGGUGCGUGAUAUACCAUUUAUUCUAACUGUGAUAUUCUGCGUUUGUAGUUGUGAUCGAAGAUGAAAGGAUCGACUCUGUUCUCACCAUGUCAGAGAAGGCCCCGCCUGCUGUUUAA